GUCGAAUACGAACAGGGAAUACUAUUCUGAGAUGCUCUAAAAGUUUGCCGUAAAACAACCAAGAGUCGCCAUGUACAAACACCCGAAUGCCACAUCCAGAUCAACAGCGGCUUAUUCUGCAACACUAGUACGCCACAGUCUAAGACAUGUAAAGCAUUAUGCGUCACCCUCCUCAUUCAUCAAACCCUACCACCCCCCUGCUCAUUGCAUCCAUCCCUUCACGAGAAUCCGAAGACGAUUCCCCAACCAACCACCAUGGACCUCCCCAUCCUAACCUUCGACUUCAAAGCAGAUGACUUCAUCGAAAUCCAACCCGAUCAAGCCGGGAUCCCUGAGGCAGGUCUAAUCCAUCGAUACCAAUCGCUCGCUCGUGCUGCAGUGAAGGCGCAGAAGAAGUCGUUGCGGGCUUUCCGGAAGAUGAAGACUGAGGAGGAGGAACUGCGGAGACGGCUUGAGACUGCGGAGAUGAGAGUUGAGGCUUUUGAGAGGUCUGAGUUUGAUGGUGACGAAUGUCGAGAACGGCUUGGUGGUGUAGAGAGGAAUACGCUUGAGCCUGACACGGCUAACCCGGAGCAGCUGCGACAGGAAGGACAUAGACUGGCUGAGACGAGCAGUGUUGGAGAAGAUUCUGGUACCAAGAUGCAAGAAGUCGAUGUUGUGAAGGCUGCUUUUCUUCCACACAACGCGCAUGGCAGUACCGCCUUCCCAGCCAACACAGAUGACACUACCCCAGACAAAACGUUGGUUCUAGACCUUACCAAAGAGAACGAAGCCCACGUUCUGACAAUCCGCGAGCAAGCAGCGAAAAUCCAAGAGCAAGCCGAAACCAUCCUCGCUCGCGACUCAACGAUACACAGCAUUAGCUCAACCAGCAAAAAAUUGGAAACCGACGUAGAGAAAUGGUUGAACAUAUACCUCGCACGGGAUGAGAAAUACAAGCAACUCCAGCAAACCCUCGACGUCGUUCUAGACUCACGCAACAAGCUGAUCGAGCGGCUCCUCGACUCCAACGGUGGGGUAUGCAUCUACAUCUGCCCGCGCGACAUGGCGCCUGAGCCCUCACACCACGACUUCAGCAACCGCCACGCCGUACAGCUAUACGACGAGCACAAAGAGAUGAAACAAACCUUAUCAGGACUAGACCACGUGUUCCAGCCACACGAGACGAAUGCGGAGAAAUGGGAGAAGACGCUGCCUUUUGCCGAAGCGGCGUUUGCAGAUAACCCCGGCCCGCAGAUUAUUCUUGCAUAUGGUUCAACAGGGUCGGGUAAGACGCAUCUCAUGUCUUCGCAGAAAGACACGUCGAUUCUGCCGAGUCUUCUGCGGUACUUGUUCGACGGGAAGGAGGCGCGCGAGACGGGGAUGAUAAUCGAGUUUCAGGCUAGCGCCGUGCACGCAUACCGCGGGAAGAUGUACGAUCUUCAGCGUGACGACGGUAGCGAGAUGGUGUUCCGCAGAGCAACAACGGGGACGAAAUGCAUGGAGCCCGUCACUCCGGCAAUCCGCACGGCAAUCCCCGUUCCCGAAUCAGGCAUGGGGACCUUCCGUAGGGUGACCUCCCGGCGCGACAAGCUCAACAGCAGCAACGCCGUAAACUCAAACUCGAGCCGCUCGCACUUUAUCUUCACCAUCCACGUGCGUAUCGCCCGGCGUGACGGACCAGCGCUGCCCCCGCGCGAAAUCUACAUCAUCGACCUGGCUGGGUCGGAGGCACCAACGGGCAAACCUGGAUCGGCCAUAUUCGAAGAAGGCACCUCGAUCAACGCGUCGCUGGGUAACUUCAAAGCCUUGCUAACAGCCGUGAUUGCGCAGAACCGCGCACUGCAGCACGACCCUAGUGCACAAAAGAAGGACGUCGAGAAGACGUGUAUGAAUCUUCUCAAUGACAAGUCGAAUCCGCUGUUGCUGUACAUGUUGAAGCCCUUGCUGGAUCAGCGGCGCAGGAUCCUGUUCUUCGCUUGCGUGUAUGGGUCGGGUCGGUAUGUGGAGAAUGCGAGGACGAUGAGACAGGUUGGGGAGUUGGUGGGGAAGAUGCCGGUGAAGGGGAAGGGUGGUGGUGAUCGGAAGAUAAUGAUGGGUUGAACAGUCGAGUUGUGUUGGUGGAACUGUUCAAUGGGGAAUGUGAUGAGGCGAGGCUUCUUGUGUGAUGGAGGCAUCUCUGUCGUGGCUGGAUGCAAGUAGUCUGUGAUGAGUAAGUAGUUGUGAAGUGGUGUCCUUACCUUGCGAUUUUGUCCUGACCUUUUUAACUUUCGGACAUGGUAAUACUGCCACACGACGAACAGUGUGCUGAUUGAGAAAU